AUGUGGAAGCUUAUCCUUUUUACUAGCGUUAGCUAUUCAUUGGUGCAUUUUGGAUUGGCCGCGCCUACUACAAGUUCUGUCGCGGUUACAAGAACACGCAACGUCCUUCCGGUGGCGUCGCCUGGCUGGUUGCCCAAGUACAAGGCGCCCAACGUGAAACCGGUCCAUCCUAUGCCUCGCGGCCCGUUGAACCGGUUUUCCAUGAACUUUGAAGUGGACAAUUAUCCAGAUACCUGGGCCAUCCCACCAACCAAUGAUCCCGUGCUUGCACCGGUCAUGGCCUCCAUCAACUGGUCUCUUGUCCCGGAUGCCCCCGUACGAACCGUCAACAGCGAAGGAGACGUGGAAUUCCACGCUUACAAUGCUGAAGAAGACAAGUAUUGCUGGUGGACGGCCGCGGCUUGCAUCGCUCCCAAAGUCGAUUAUCUUCCCGAAGAUAUUUACAAGUGUCCCAAUCCUGGCGAUUGGGGUUUGACGUAUGAUGAUGGACCAAUGGUUCCCCAGAAAAAGGAGGUCGAUGAUCCCUAUGCUGAGCCUCGUCUAUACAACUUUUUGGCGCAGACGAAUCAAAAGUCGACUCUUUUCUACGUUGGGUCGAAUGUGGUUAAUUUCCCCGAGGCUGCCAGUCGUGCGCAAGAAAGUGGACACGAUAUUUGUUUGCAUACGUGGUCUCAUCCUUUCAUGACCUCACUGACCAACGAGCAAAUUGUGGCCGAAUUUUACUGGUCUUUGCGUGCGGUCAAGGAAGCUACGGGUGUCACCUCUCGCUGCUGGCGCCCUCCUUAUGGAGACGUCGACGAUCGCGUCCGUGCCAUUGCUCAUCAAAUGGGUCUUUCCACGGUGUUGUGGACCCAUGAUUCGCAGGACUGGCAGAUCGGUGCCGUUGAUGGUCAUUUGACGGAAGAGGAUGUGAAUGGAUUUUUCCAACGAUGGGUCAACACUCGCCAGGCUGGACAGGACGUCGCUGAAGGCCACAUCGGUCUCCAACAUGAGCUUAACAAGAACACAAUCACCAUGGCCGAAAAAUGGUUGCCCGUCAUGCAGAAAUCUUUCAAUGUUAAAAGCAUUUUCGAAUGCAAUGCUAUGCAUAAAUCCUACUGGGAGGAUAAUUAA